UUUUCCUCCCUCUCUCUCUCUCUCUCUCUCUCUCUCUAACCCUGAAACUGUUCCCUCGUUUUUUCUCUCUAAAAUCUGGUCUGUUUUCUCGUAUCCCGACAGUCAUCUUCUUCAAAUUUUACAUCGAAUUUUCUCUAGCUUCUUCAGGCAUGGCAGUCCCCUUUAAUGAAGAAGAUCUUCAUUUUCGACUGUAACAUAAAGCUUCCCUUCCUCUGCAAAAAUGGAGAAAGAGGUCCAGCUCUUGUCACGAGUAUCUGUAAACUACCUCUUCUUGGCCCAAUUCGAGACAUUUAGGGCUUCAUUGCUAAGCCUCAGGAACAGGGAUUCAGACCUUGCUGUAGCGAUUCUCAGAGCUGUAGUUGCAGAAGGUGGAAGGUUCAAGGGUGUUCUAUGGUCGAAAAGUGUCAACUCACCUCCUCAUUUCGCCUGGCUAUCAGCUCUCGAGCUGAUCGAAUAUGGCUCCUAUUUAUCUUCAAAAUCAAAGGUCGAUCCUGAAUUGUUGAAGUUGAAGGCAGAGUUUUUACUCAUUUUACAGAUGAUCAGCUCUGAGGUCUCUGAGAGUUAUGGGAAGUUCAUAGACUUGGACAGCAUAGGUGGCCAGGAUAUUUCUAUCUAUGAAAGCUAUGAGUCAAGGCCCGAGGAUCUUGCUGAGUUUCAAGGAAGUGAAUCGAAUUUGAGUGAACCUACCGGAUUCAUGGUUGAUGUGGCUGCCCUUUUAGAUAAGCUCUUCAAUCUAGGGUUUCAGAGGUUAAAGAGAGAGGUAGUUUUUGAAAAUGGGCUCAAGGAUUUAAACUUUUCAUUUACAGAUGGGGAAUUGAAGUGUUUGAGGAGAGUUAUUUGUGAUCAAGCAGAUCUUCUAGAUUCCUUGUGUCUCAAUAUUUGGAAACAGAUGCAUUAUUUGGACGGUUAUGAGUCUAAAUUGGCAUUGAGUUUACAUAGAGGAGAAUUAUCAGAGAGAACUGAUAACGUUGUUGGUGACGAUAAUGAUUUUGAUGGUUUGGAUCAGUUUUUGUUGGGGUCUAUGAUUCAGAGAGAAUUUCAGAGUGUGCAUUUGGAGUUGUUGAAGAAAGAGGUGAAGGAUAGUGACAUUGACGAAAAUUUCAUUCUUUCUCGCCUCCGAUUUUUGCAUUUGGAGUACGGGUUAUCAGUGUCAGAAUACAGAAUGGUUUUGCAAGAUUGCAUCGAAAAGUUUGCAUCCUUUGAAAAUGGCUAUGGAGAAACUUGGUUCUCAGUGCGCGAAAAAAUGCUGAAGAUCUAUGGAGAAACAUUAUCAUCUAAUUGUUUGCAGCUUGUACAAAUGAUUCAGGCCAUUCAAGAUGAUUUGCUUUCUAAAGAAAUUGAGCUGUACAGACUUUCAAAUGCUGACUUGGCCCCUCCACCACUUCAAAAGCUUCAAAAGUACUUUGAUGCUUUAAGUUGCACUGAAGACUCUGUCCAGAGUAUGGUAAUUAGAUCCUGCAAGCAAGAUAUGUACCACUAUGCCCGCGUAACUGGAGUUCAUGUUCUUGAAACCAUAAUGGAUGCUGCUCUAUCAUCUUUGAAGAGGGAAGAACUGCGAUAUGCUGCCAAUGUUCUUGUGCUCUUUCCCCUACUUCAACCUCUGGUAGCUGUCAUGGGUUGGGAUCUCUUACCUGGUAAGACAGCUGCUCGAAGAAAAUUAAUGGUGCUAUUGUGGACAAGCAAAUCUCAGAUGCUGAGGUUGGGAGAGUCUUCAUUGUAUAGAAAGCAAUCAGAAGAGAUAUCUUGUGUGGAGCAUCUAUGCAACAUUUUAUGCUAUCGCCUGGACCUUGCUUUUUUUGCGGAGUGUGUCAAUUCGGGCCGACCAUGGAAUUCAAAAACAUCUUUACGGUUAUCUGGAAAAGAACUGAUGGGUGAUGGAGCUGAAGAUAUGCAUAUGGAUCCUUUUGUUGCAAAUUUUGUGCUAGAACGACUUGCUGUGCAGACACCCUUAAGAGUUUUGUUUGAUACAGUACCAACCAUAAAGUUUCAAGAUGCAAUUGAACUUAUCAGCAUGCAACCCAUUGCAUCUACGAGUGCAGCCUGGAAAAGGAUACAGGACCUUGAGCUUGUACACAUGCGAUUUGCUUUACAAUCUGCUGUUCUUGCUUUGGGAGCUCUGGAAAGAUGUAUGAUUGACAAGGAUGAAAAGUACGACAAUCUCGCUAUUUGGUAUUUAAAGGAUUUGCAAGAUCAUUUAGAGGCUAUCAACAAUAUACCCCGUAAGAUAUGUAUGGUGAGCGUCAUCAUCUCCCUGCUGCAUAUGGAUGACCUCUCGGCUAACCUAACACAGUACAUUUCUUUAGUUGGCCGUUCCGAACUGCCUCGUACUCCUACUUGGGAACAGCCUGUUUUUGAUGGGGAAACUAGAACAGUGGUGUCAUUUAUUGGAUUAAUACUUGAUAUCUUGCGCCAUAAUUUACCGUCAAAUGGACUUGAAAUAGAUCCUAAUUCAUGGAGCAAUGCCACAAUAGCAUCUGGAAAGCAGGCGAUGGAGUGGAGAAUUUCAUCUGCGGUACAGUUCAUUGAAGAUUGGGAGUGGCGCUUGUCCAUUUUGCAGCGUCUUCUACCCUUAUCCGAACGCCAUUGGAGCUGGAAAGAAGCAUUGGCAAUUCUUCGUGCUGCUCCUUCUAAGUUGCUUAAUGUCUGCAUGCAAAGAGCAAAAUAUGACAUUGGCGAAGAAGCGGUACAUAGGUUCUCCUUACCUCCAGAAGAUAAAGCUGCUCUGGAACUUGUUGAAUGGGUUGAUGGUGCCUUUAGAAAGGCAUCGGUUGAAGAUGUGGUUUCUCGUGUUGCUGAGGGAAUUCCAGGUGGCGAUCAUGAACUGGACUUUUCGUCCUUUUGUUCCCAGUUGGGUCCUUUAGCUACAGUUCUUCUUUGUAUUGAUGUAGCUGCAACUACAGCUAAGUCGGUUCAUAUGUGUAGUCAACUACUACACCAGGCACAGACCUUGCUGUCACAGAUAUUUCCAGGUGGUGCUCCAAAGAAAGGCUCGACAUACUGGGAUCAGGUCCAAGAAGCAUGUAUUAUUACUGUGACAAGGCGUGUCCUUAAGCGUCUUCAUGAUUUCUUAGAUCAGAGUAAAUUUCCGUCCCUUCAAGCAAUUCUCAGAGGUGAUAUGGUUGUAUCUCCUUCAAGUGAGAGUAACAGGCAAGGACAAAGGCAGCGAGCUCUUGCCAUUUUGCAUCAGAUGAUUGAGGAUGCUCACAAGGGAAAGCGGCAGUUUUUGAGUGGGAAGCUGCACAAUCUUGUAAAAGCUGUCGCUGAUGAAGAAAUGGAUGAAAGCUCAUCUAAAGAGAGCUCCUAUGUGGAAUCUACAGUAAGCUUGGGUUCUGAGAAGGAUGGAAUUCUUGGCCUUGGUCUUAGGACUGUGAAAUCUAACUCUCACAGCACAGCAGCUGUGGAAAGUAGUACUGAUCCAACUGAUUAUGAUUUGAAAGAUGUGAAUAAAAGAUUAUAUGGUCCCCUAAGUUCGAAACCGGCCACAUAUCUUUCUGCAUUUAUCCUCUACAUUGCAACGAUUGGUGAUAUAGUCGAUGGAGUCGAUACUACUCAUGAUUUCAACUUUUUCUCUCUCAUAUAUGAGUGGCCUAAAGAUCUUUUAACUCGUCUGGUUUUUGAGCGAGGCAGUGCUGAUGCAGCUGGAAAGGUAGCUGAUAUUAUGGGUGCGGACCUUGUUCAUGAAGUUAUAUCAGCUUGUGUUCCUCCAGUCUUCCCUCCGAGGUCUGGUCAUGGCUGGGCCUGCAUUCCUGUUCUACCAGCCUAUCCGAUGAUGAGUCUUGAGAACAAAAUUCAUUCUCACUCUUCUGUAGAGGCUCAGCCUAGUUCUUCCUCAUCAUUAAUACCUGGAGUCCCACUCUAUCCUCUUCAGCUUAAUAUAGUGAAGCACUUGGCAACACUGUCACCUGUUCGAGCUGUAUUGGCUUGUGUCUUUGGGAGUACCAUAUUAUCCAGUGGCUCUGAAUCAUUGGGAUCCAGUAGCUCGCAUGGUUCAAUAACACAACCAUCUGAUGCUGACAGGUUGUUUUAUGAGUUCGCACUUGAUCAGUCUUACAGAUAUCCAACUUUGAAUCGAUGGAUACAAAUGCAGUCCAACCUUCAUAGAGUAACCGAAUCUGCUAUUAUAACCAAACGUAUGGCUGAAACUGGCAAAUCUACAGCUGGGUCCAAAACUUUGGUGAAACGAUUACGGGAACCUGACAGUGAUACGGAAUCAGAAGUGGAAGAUGAUGGUUAUGGAGCAGUAGGCGCUCAUGCUUCUGUAUCUGUCUCAGAGUUUGAUAAAAAGGAGUUUGCAGCUUCUGGUACUAAGCAAGACCUGCAGAGAUCAGAGAGUUUUGAUUCUGAUAGGACAGUUUUUCUUUCUUUUGAUUGGGAGAAUGAAGGGCCAUAUGAAGAAGCUGUAGAGAGACUAAUUAAUGAUGGGAAAUUGAUGGAUGCGCUGGCUCUUUCUGAUCGUUGUUUGCGAAAUGGAGCCUCUGAUCGAUUACUGCAGCUUCUUGUUGAACGUGGAGAGGAAAAUAUGUCAGCUUCAGGACUUCCGGUCUAUGGAGGACAUAACUUCGGUAGCAAUAGUUGGCAGUAUUGUUUGCGGCUAAAAGAUAAACGACUAGCUGCUACACUUGCACUCAAGUACGUGCACAGGUGGGAACUAGAUGCAGCCUUGGAUGUCCUCACGAUGUGCAGUUGUCAUUUGACUGCGGAUGAUCCACUUAAAACUGAGGUCAUGCAAAUGCGACAAGCUUUGCAGAGAUACAAUCACAUUUGGUGUUCAGAUGAUCAAUACAGCAGCUGGCAAGAGGUCGAAGCUGAUUGCAAGGAGGAUCCCGAAGGUUUGGCACUUAGACUUGCUGGAAAGGGAGCUGUAUCUGCGGCCCUUGAAGUUGCAGAAAGUGCUUCUUUAUCCAUAGAUUUGCGAAGAGAACUACAGGGCCGACAACUUGUCAAGCUUCUUACUGCUGAUCCUGUAAAUGGGGGAGGCCCAGCUGAGGCUUCAAGAUUUCUUUCAUCUUUACGUGAUUCUGAUGAUGCUCUUCCAGUUGCUAUGGGUGCCAUGCAGCAGUUACCAAGUCUGCGUUCAAAGCAGCUUCUUGUUCACUUUUUCUUGAAGCGACGGGCUGGGAAUUUGUCAGACGUCGAGAUCUCACGUCUUAAUUCUUGGGCUUUGGGUCUUCGCGUGCUAGCAGUUUUGCCUUUGCCAUGGCAGCAACGGUGUUCAUCACUUCAUGAACACCCUCAUUUAAUACUGGAAGUUCUCUUGAUGAGGAAACAACUUCAGUCUGCUUCAUUGAUCUUGAAGGAGUUCCCUUCUUUGUGUGACAAUGAUCUGAUUCUUAAAUAUUCAGCAAAAGCAAUAGCUGUCAAUGUGACUCCCCCAUUAGGUGAGCAAAGAUACCGCAUUGCGGCCUCAAAAACAAAACAAAGAGGUCGAAGUGGCGUACCACCUAAGUCAAAUAUUGGUAAUAGCCUUAGCAACCUACAGAGAGAGGCCCGUAGGGCUUUCUCUUGGGCUCCUCGAGAUACUGGUAACAAAGUUGCACCUAAGGAAACCCAAAAGAAAAGGAAAAGCUCAGGGUUUUCUCCAUCAGAGAGAGCUACUUGGGAAGCAAUGGCUGGUAUCCAAGAGGACCGUGUAUCCUUUCAUUCUGGUGAUAGUCAGGAACGACUUCCUUCUAUUGCUACAGCUGAGGGUUGGAUACUCACUGGAGAUCCAAGUAAGGACGAUGCUGUUCGCAUGUCUCACCAAUAUGAAAGCGCUCCUGAUAUCAUACUUUUCGAAGCACUGCUCUCUCUAUGCUCAGAUGAAUUGGUUUCAGCUAAAGGCGCUCUAGAGUUGUGCAUUACCCAGAUGAGGAAUGUGUUGAGCUCCCAGCAACUCCCCUUGCAUUCAUCCAUGGAAAAAGUUGGACGAGCUUAUCAUGCAACUGAAACUUUUGUUCAGGCACUAGUUCAUGCUAGGUCUCAUCUGAGAAAACUUGUUGGGAGUAGUGAUUUGUCUAGCACUUCAGAUCGAAGUAGAGAAGCUGAUGAUGUAUCCUCUGAUGCUGGCAGUUCUAGCAUCAGUAGUCAGUGCACAGAUGAGCUGUCAGAACUUGUAUCACAGGCUGAUAUCUGGCUUGGGCGUGCCGAGUUACUUCAAAGUCUUUUGGGGUCAGGGAUUGUCGCUUCACUUGAUGAUAUUGCUGACAAGGAAUCAUCAGCUCAUCUUCGUGACAGGUUAAUUGGAGAUGAACGAUAUAGCAUGGCUGUAUAUACAUGCAAAAAGUGCAAGAUUGAUACUUUUCCUGUCUGGAGUGCUUGGGGCCAUGCUCUGAAUCGAAUGGAACAUUAUGCCCAAGCCCGUGUGAAGUUCAAGCAAGCUCUUCAAUUGCACAAGGGUGAUCCUGCUCCUGUUAUUAUUGAGAUCAUCAAUACAAUGGAGUCUGGCCCUCCAGUAGAUGUCUCAUCUGUCCGUUCAAUGUAUGAGCAUUUGGCAAAAAGUGCCCCAACAAUCUUGGAUGAUUCUCUUUCUGCGGAUUCAUAUCUCAAUGUUCUAUACAUGCCAUCUACUUUCCCUCGGUCUGAGAGGUCAAGACGAUCUCAGGAAGCUACAAAUAGUCAUGCUGUGCUGUCAAAUUCGGUGAACUUUGAGGAUGGUCCUCGCAGCAACUUGGACAACGACAACAUCAGAUACGUGGAGUGCAUCAACUAUUUGCAAGAAUAUGCACGGCAGGAAAUGCUCAGUUUCAUGUUCAGACAUGGUCACUAUGUUGAUGCUUGUUUGCUCUUCUUUCCUCCAAAUGCUAUCCCCGUACCUGCUCAACCAUCGGCACAUGGGACAGCGACUCAAUCUUCAUCACCUCAAAGGCCAGACCCUUUAGGAACUGAUUAUGGAACCAUUGAGGAUCUAUGUGACUUAUGUGUUGGAUAUGGUGCCAUGUUUGUGCUAGAGAAUGUCAUUGGAACAAGAAAUGCAUCUGCUGCAUCGCAUGAAGCUGUGGUUAGCCACUACACAGCUGCUGCUCUUACCCGCAUAUGCAAUUAUUGUGAAACUCAUCGCCAUUUCAAUUUUCUCUAUAAGUUUCAGGUUCUCAAGAAGGAUCAUGUAGCUGCUGGACUUUGUUGUGUUCAGUUGUUUAUGAACUCUGCUUCUCAGGAGGAAGCUCUAAGACAUCUAGAGCAUGCGAAGAUGCACUUUGUAGAAGGUCUAUCUGCACGACACAAAGCAGGAGAGUCCACAAAGCUCAUUUCCAAGGGUGUUCGUGGAAAGAGUGCCUCCGAGAAGCUUACUGAAGAAGGGCUUGUUAAAUUCUCUGCACGUGUCGCUAUACAAAUGGAUGUAGUGAGGUCCUUCAAUGAGUCUGAUGGACCACCAUGGAAGCACUCUCUUUUCGGAAAUCCUAACGAUCCUGAAACUUUCAGGAGAAGAUGUGAGGUUGCAGAGACACUUGCUGAAAGGAAUUUUGACCUGGCUUGCCAAGUAAUCUAUGAAUUCAAUCUUCCUGCUGUCCAUAUAUAUGCCGGCGUAGCAGCAUCAUUAGCAGAAAGGAAAAAGGGUAAUCAGCUGACUGAAUUUUUUAGGUAUAUCAAAGGCACCAUUGAAGAUGAUGACUGGGACCAGGUGUUGGGUGCGGCCAUCAAUGUAUAUGCCAACAGGCAUAGGGAGCGACCGGAUCGACUCAUUGACAUGUUAUCGAGCAGCCACAGGAAGGUUUUGGCUUGUGUUGUUUGCGGUCGCUUGAAGAGUGCCUUUCAGAUUGCUUCUCGAAGUGGCAGUGUGGCUGAUGUUCAAUAUGUGGCUCAUCAGGCAUUACAGACGAAUGCACUUCCUGUACUUGAUAUGUGUAAGCAAUGGUUGGCUCAGUAUAUGUGAUGCUAUGCAUGCUUCAGGCUUUUGUUUUGUGUAAUCUGCUGCUUCUAUUCUGUGUCAAAAAGCUCAUCUUGCACAAUAGGAGAUAGAUUUUCUGGGAGCCAAGAAAUAAUUUCCUUGGAAACCUGCUCCUGAUUUUUGAUCAAACGAGGGAUUCGAGUCAUAGAAAUUCUCAGCAAUAGGUGAGUGUAAAGUAGCGAAAUUGUGAAGGGAGAAAGUUGAUUGCAAUGAUGUGUAUAUGUACAUGUGUGUUUUUAAUUUCCAUUUAUUUACAGCUGGUCAUAUAUUUUUUGUUUGGCCUGCGUCAUGUCUAUCUGUUUUGGAGUGUAAAUUUCAAUUCAUUGGGAUUGGUUGGAGGUUCGGAUUGAGUAUAUAUCAGACGAAUUUUAUUGCGAUCAUCUUUUGUAGCCCAA